AUGUCCCUCUCCAUUCUCCUUGUUCUCUGCACCCCUGCAGUUGUUUUCGGAGAACCUCUUCAUGGUCCAAUUACUCCUCACUUCCAAACUUGGCUCACAACGUGAGUAAGGAAAAUCACUGUCACAGUACCCCGUGAAUGACGAAAUAUGGGUCUCAAAAUCGAGAUUUUUGAAAUUUUUCCGCACUUGGAAUGGCUCAGAGAGUCGCACUAUUGUCUGGUUGGCAUUUGGCGCAAGUUGUUUCAAGUCGGGCGCCGUCAAGCCUUCCAAAUGCGACCAAUUUUUCUCGAAUCUUAACGAAUGAGCUAUAGUCGUUUCACAGCUGGUUUGAGAUACUAUGACAGUCUUCAGAUCAACGAAAUAGUAUGCGAAAAGAAGAGGUUUAGACGUCAUAUUAGUUGGUUUUUCCAGAGGUAGCGGUGAAUGAAUCUUAAUAGAGAAAAAUAAAAUUUAUUGAUUUUAACUAUAUUAUGGGCCGUUUAAUUUAUUUACUGUUAUAAAUUAAGAAACGGUUACGGUGAAUACCAUUUCGAGAGGUCGGAUUACGGUUCCCGAGGAAGUUUCGGCGGUAAAGCAAAUUCUUCGACAAAGGUUUUUUUUUUCAAUUUUUAAAAAUUUCUUGUGAACCUCCGCCCGUCUUAAUGAAAUUGCUGAAAAAUGUUGGAAUUUUGUAGUUGUUUUGAAACGUAUCAUAAGCUAGUUGCGAAUCUUUUCAAAAAUGACCUUUUUUCAGAUCACCAAGGCUCCGGUAAUUUUCCUGCACGGCAACACGGACAGCGCCCUUCACAAUAACGAGUUCUCGACCGGAUUUUCUAGAUCUAUCCGGGUUUUUUUCUCCUGAGAAAAAUAAGGGAAUAUAAAUGAUAAUUUGAAGUACUUCCUGAAGAACGGCUACGGUCCGGAGGAGAUCUACUCGACUUCCUGGGGCGAUAUCAAUCCGAACCACGCUCCUUUGAGGUUUUUAAUGGAACAAAUCAAGUUUUCCGAGCUUCGAUACUAAAUUUCUAAACCUGAAAAUCAUAGGCAAAGUUGGAAAGGGCGGAAAAAGGCUCCAUAGAAAUUUUCCUUUUUUGCUGCCUUUUUGCGCCAUUAAAUCGGCUCUUAUGUACCAUUUUUGCUGCCUCUCCCUUUUUCCGCCAUUUCUUGAGCCUUUAAAAUACCAAUAAAAAUGGAAGGCUCGAUAAAGGGACACUCUUUGCUGCCUUUCUGCUGCCUUUUGGAGCCCCUCCCUUUUAGCGGCCAUUGCGACAGUUGCUUUUCGAAGUUUUUAUCAAUACAAUCAACAUAGUUUUGCCAAAAACAAUUGCCUCGAAACUUUAAUUUUCUUAUUUUAGUUACGAUAAGGUGCAAAAAAAGGUGGUAGCUUUUGAAUCGCUCUCUUUAAUGACCUUUGUUCGGCCAAAAAAAAAUUUUUUUUUUCUAAUUUUGUUUCAAUUUCAAUAAAAUAGCUCUCUAAUUUUAACGCAUAGCUCAAGUUUUUUUUCUCACUUUUCUGUAGUAAUUAUCAGGAGUUUUCUCGAUUCUUAAUCAAAAGAAAUGAAUUUUAUGACUAUGAUUCUUGAUUGAUGUCUAAAGAGCAGCUUCUGAUAUAAUUCUGGAAAGAAUAAGGAUAGUUCUUUUUAUUUAAAUCUGAAAUAACUAAAGAACGGCUUGUAGAAGCCACAAAUGCGCCUACCUGACCUACCUGCGAAAGUUCCUGGAAGCCGUCUUGGCCUACACGGAGGCGCACAAAGUCUCCAUUGUUGCUCAUAGUAUGGGAGCGACCCUGGGCCGGAAAAUCAUCAAGGGCGGAAAGUCGGUUUCCGAUGAUGGCGAGUGUGACCUGGGGGCUCCGCUCAAUCACAAGAUCAAGGUAGAACUUUUUUUGAUGUAGUCGAAAUCUGCGCAUUUCAAUGGCGAUGGACGUGCGGUUUUUGGUGGGAAAUGAGAAAUUCAAACGUGAGCGUGGUAUAAUGAGAAAAAUACAGGCUUUCAUACUGUUAUCCAUUUAACUAAAAUGGGAAUGCUUCAAUAAACUGAAAAAAGAGUCGAUAAAAUAUCAAAUUUCGCGCCAAAAGCCGCGCCGCGACCGCAACGCACCCGCUACGGCAAACAUCACCUUCGACUUAAAGAAAAUGAGAAUUUUCAGAUCUUCCUGAGCAUCUCUGGAGCUCACUACGGUAUCUGCGCGUGUGGUGGAACAGUUGCCGAGGAGAAGCUCACCUGUGGGGCUCAGGUAGCACUUUUAUCCAAAUGUCGUUUUUCAAGUUUUUUUUUUCCACAAUUCGGAUGUUUAACUUGUAAUCGCUGAUAAUUCUGUAUUCUCGCAUGCUGAGCAGGGUAACCCCGCCGUGCUAACACGGAGUCUCCGCGGGUGCCCCCGUAUUAAACCCGUAUAAGCCCAGCUGAUAGAACUUUUGGCACUUUUUAGCCCAACUGAGACCCCGCUUUAGCCCAGCUGGGUUACCUAUUUUUCUUACACCCGUUGUUCCCCCGUUUUAGCCCAACUGAGACUAAAAUAACCUCAGAAACACGGGUUUAAUACGGGUACACCCGUUGAGACACCUGCUCAGCAUGCGAGUUUCAGAAGCAAUUUUGAAUUCAAUUUCAGCGCCGAAAAUCGCCUCACCUUGAUUUUUGGACUAUUUAUCAAAAAUUUGUCGGCCUUUCAGAGCGGUUUCUUCCCCGGGAACUCAUGCGGAACCGCCUACAACUGCUCUUCUACCCCUUCCACUGAGCCUUGUCCUGAAUCCAAACUGCACUACUCUGAAUUCCUGACUGCGCUCAACGCCGAUCAAACCAAGGAGGCCGACUUCGUCUACAGCAUCUGGAGCCAAGGUCAAUUUUGCCUGGUUAAAUUGAUUUUUUGAAUAAUCCUUUCAGGAGUGAUUUCUUUUUCAUUUAAUAAUCAGUCUAGGGAGGCCAUUUUGAUAGAAAUGAACAUAAGAUUCAAUUUCGGGAGGUAGAACUGAACUCACUUCGUGUUAUAUUCUAUACUGCAUUCACUGACAAGUUCUAGAAUCUGCCUGUCUCUGCUUUCUUUAUCUAUCCUGGAGGCUUAUUGCAAACCUGGAAGUUUGAAGAGAGGCUCAGAAAACGAGAGAGCGCAGACAGGCUAGAAUAUUUCGAUUUUCAGUGAACCAAAUCUCAAAAAAAACUCUUCGAAAUUUUUUUCUCAUCAAUCCGAAAUUCCAAGUUUUCAAAGUUUGUUAAUCAUCUGACGUCAGUGACUCAAAUUAAGAAGAAAAGUUCCUUUGGAAUCGAUUUCCACUGCCUUUCUUCAAAAGUGACUCCUGAGAUCAUGAGGACCAUAAAAAGCUUGAUAAAAGGAAGGUGUGCCUAAAAAAAAAAGUUGUCAUGAUAACAUAUCGAAACUGACGUCUUUCAACAAGUCGAGUCAGAAUACAGGAACUGUCCAUUGAUAAGAGAGUCUUCAGCAACCAAAAGCAAACUUAUGACUUGUUUCUGAUCAGAGGGAUCGUUUUGAUGUUAUCAGUUUAUAGUUUAGCAUAAUUAAUAAUAAAGUAAAAAAAGGUCUCGGAAAUUUUUAUUCCAUAUUUUGAAAUUCUGGAAAAAAAGUUUGUUUUUUUAAUUGAGAUAUCAAAUCAGCCUAAAAAAACUGAAUGAAAAAGAGAGGUUUGAUUAUAACAGCUUAUCGAAAAGCAUAUAGGGAACUAAGGGGACCCACAGUGGUCCCUAGAGGGGCUGCUUUAGGAACACUUUUAUUCUAGGGACCACCUAAAUUUUUGAUCCCUUAAGAGGCACUGUUUUGUACUUUAUGAGGGCUGUCUUUUCUCUACCCCCUCUAGUGGCCACUUUGAAAAAAGGAGGACCUAUUUUUUGAACUCUAAGAACUACAUGAAAAAACUGUUUUGAAUGAAAAAAAAGCCUUUUUUUUUGAGGGCGAUGAAAAGUUAAAAAAUUGCUUGAAAGUAGAGAAGACAACCUCCUUACUUUGUUCGCUGACGUGACGACACUGGUCUUCGAUCAGCAACUGAGAGAAAAAGAGGGUGCAGACAGACAGAUUUUUAAGAUUGUGGCGAAUGGACUAUAUCUCAUUUUGCUCAAUUUUGAAGCGAUUUUCGGGUCGCCGCUUUGUAAACGAUUGAUUCUCAAGGCGAUUGAACUAUGUCUAAAAACCUCCAAAAGAACUCCAGUUUUUAGUCGACCUGAUGAGAAAGAUUCAUCUCGUCUUGCUUAUGUUUUUAGGACAGUUUUUCAAAAUCCCUCACAAUCAAAAUAAUGGUCUAAAUUUCUAGACGAUGACCUGAUCCUCUACAAUAACUUGGCCUGGGGCCGUCUCACUUCUCUGAUCCCGAAUUCCGAUGGCCACAAAAUCUUCAAAGGAUUCGGCCACAUGGCCACCAAGGAUCGCACCGCCGCCGAUCAGCUCGCCAUCAUCGAGAAACGUUUCCGACGCCGUUAUUAG